CAAAGCUUUAACGAGACAAACACAUCUGCCGCUGGGCGCGUUACGCCGAAAAGAGUAAACAGUAACGACAUCGGAUUAUGUAUUCAAGCGGAUUUGUUUGCGCUCGCGAAGAGCACUCGUUCCGCGACGCGCGUUACGUAAAAACACGAUCGGCAAUUAUUGCUCAUUAAUAUCCAUGCGUUUGAUCACAGGCGCGGUGUUAAAAAUAAAUGCUAAAAUACGUCGAUAUAGGCGGGGAAUAAUCCUGCGGUAUGGGUUUCAAAAAGUAUUAGGGAUAUUAAGAUUCAGCGUACCUACUAUUAAUAUCACAGCGUACAUCGUUAAUGUUCUGUUGCAGAUAACAACAAAGGUGGCUGUUUGCUCAUCGAUCGACGUGAUAUCGUCCUUGCGAAUCUCAAAGAGCACUCGCGGUUAUUGCGUUUCCGUGUCUCCCACCGUCUCCAAGGGCUGUCUCCGUCGUUAUCUGUCGAAGUAGCAUCCUCGUGUCGUCAAAGGGUUAACAACGGGAGUGACGUUCGAAGGAGGAAGGAGAGAAGAGAGUGAGAGAGUAGACGGAGAGGGAAGGCUCGUUUUCCGAGCGAGGGGCACGUCGAGCGUAGCCGAAACGGGAGUAGAAUCACCCCCGCCGUCCGCGGACACCGCUGGAUCGUCAUAAUCGAGUGGACAAACCGCCGACAAACAAUAGGGACCUGGCCGGUGGCUUCCGAUGGGGUCGUAGCCGCCGCAUGCAGCGCGCGCGUAUUCGUAACAGUAUAUCGCGAUGAUAGGCUAGAGCCGGUAGCGGCAGGAAGAGAUCGUCGUAGGGGGAGAUCGCCAUAGCGUAAUCGUACCACCCAAGGUGGCACAGAUUGAGAGCCCCAUCAGCAUACAUCCUCUCCUGGCUAACGAGAUACCCAGCGUGUCCAUCCAGUUCGUGCGCGCCGUUACGCCGCUCGCCGCUCGUCAGCUUCCGAUCGGCCGAAUCGCGUCGACGAGUCAGAAAAUUCUGGCGCAAGUCGGAAGAAGGAAGAGAGAAAAAGAAAGAGAGAGAGAAAGAGAGAGGGAAAGAGAGAAAAAAAGGCCGGUCGGGAUUUAGCUCUUAAUCAACGUUGGAGCAUCUAAUCCUUCAUCCCCGUCAUCCACGCGCGCCUGUCCUCGAUCUAAUUUUUUUUCCUUCGUCCUCCAUCGCGUCUCAUCCCUCUCGGCUUAAAUCGCGCCGCGAGCGUCACCACCUCGGCGUUUCACUCAGAGAAGAAACGGCGGCUCGAGAGUGACAGAGGGGGAGAGAGAGGCAGGCAAAUUCGCUCUUAGUGCCCCUCGACGAUCCAGCUCCGGCGAUUCUCUUCCCCAUCGGGACGCCCGCCGCUUCCGGCUAACUGGAAGUGAACGCUCUAUGUAAACGAUUGCCGAGCGCGGUUCUCAUUGGAACACACAGGACGCAGGAAGCGCAUCAUGGAAGUGGCAAGCGAGCUGUCGCCGCUAUCGGGGACGGAGAAUCAAGGCAAAAUCAAGGAGAGGAGCUCGUAUUACCCCCAAGAACCCAGCAAGAGGCCGCAGACCAGGGGGCAGAAGGUGCGAUCAUGUCUGGGCCAUAACGCGCUAACUAUACUUACAGUCUCCGGCGUUGUCGGCGGCGUGGUACUCGGCAUCAUAUUGCGAACCACGCGGGAGAAAUGGACGCCCCGCGAGAUCAUGUACAUCAAUUACUUCGGCGACCUGUUCCUGCGGAUGCUCAAGAGCUUGAUCCUGCCGUUGAUUAUCUCGAGUCUGGUGUCGGCCAUCGGCUCGCUCGAUCUGUCGCUCAGCGGCAGGAUCGGCGCUCGCGCGAUCGGCUAUUACAUGGCUACGACCAUCUGCGCGGUUAUAUUAGGUAUAAUUCUCGUCAUGUCGAUCCAACCUGGUGUCGGGAGUUCCGCACAGGAAAGCAAAAGGCCGGCGCAAAACGUUUCCACUAUCGACACGUUGAUGGACCUAGUGCGCAACAUGUUUCCGCCAAAUUUGGUUCAAGCGUGUAUCGCCCAGCAUCGAACCGAGCCCAAGUUACCCGAGAAUUCCAGUGUUCCCAUGGAUGAAUGGGAAUUGGAGGAGAAAGUAGUCUCGGGCUCCAACAUCCUCGGACUCGUCGUCUUCGCGACGGUGUUGGGCAUCACCCUCGGUAAAAUGGGACCGAAAGCGAAGCCACUGUUGAACUUCUUCGACUCGCUAUCCGGCGCUAUGAUGCUGAUCACCAACUGGGUGAUAUGGCUGUCGCCGCUCGGUGUGCUCUCCCUGGUCGCUUCAAAGAUCACGGAAAUGAAAUCGCUCGAAGAGAUAGUCGGCCAGCUUGGGAUGUAUUUUCUGACCGUGUUGGUCGCCUUACUCAUACAUGGCUUCCUAGUGCUGCCCGGGAUGUACUUCCUUCUUACAAAGAAGAAUCCAUAUGUCUACAUAUCGCACAUGGCAGAGGCGCUCGUCACUGCCUUCGGCACAUCUUCGAGCUCGGCGACCCUGCCGCUGGCCAUCAGCUGUCUCGAAGAGAAAAACGGCAUCGAUCCGCGUGUCAGCAGAUUCGUCAUGCCAAUAGGCGCUACCGUGAACAUGGACGGUACCGCCUUGUACGAAGCUGUAGCUGCCAUUUUCAUUGCGCAAGUGCGUAAAGUCGCCCUUUCCUUCGGACAGCUGGUAGCGAUAAGUAUCACGGCGACCGCCGCCAGUAUCGGUGCGGCUGGAAUUCCGCAGGCCGGCCUAGUGACCAUGGUGAUGGUGUUGGACACGGUACGACUUCCGGCCAACGAUGUCUUCUUAAUCAUCGCGGUCGAUUGGUUACUAGAUCGAUGUAGAACGACCGUGAACGUUAUCGGUGAUUCACUCGGCGCGGGGAUCGUUCAGCAUCUCAGCAGGAACGAACUCGCGGCAUUGCCGCACACCACGCAGCAAACGCAAAACGGAGCCGAUUGCCACGCGACCACGUCGAUAUGAGCUGGGACGUUCGUUAAUCGUUAAACCGUGUCUCCUCGACCGACGAUUACGAAACCGCUUCGCGAUCGGAGGAUCGGAUCAUCCACGGCAAACAUAUCGACACUUAUCGCGCGGCUUAUCGUUGGAAUGUUGCCAUAAUUUCUUGAGCUUGCAAGAGUCGGAGUCAAAUCCGAGGAUUUAAGAAUAUAUACGAGUAAAUGAAUUAAAAUUAAAAAUUAGGAUUAAGAGAAUAUAAAUAAAUUUAUGGACGACAACAUGAUAUUACUUGUUACAGCCGUGUCAUGUCUGAGAUUUCUAAUUUCUUUUAAAGUUUUUUAUAAGUUAUCCUAGAAUUUUGAGGAAUAUAUAUAACGCCGUUGACGGGUAUCUACAUUUUCAAUCGUAUAACGACGGUCGACGAUCGCGAGAUGCGAUCCUGACGAAGUGUUCUUGCGUACUCAGUGUUCCGCUUUUAUAUUAGUCAAAUAAUCAGUUUAGUAUUAAUUACCCUAUAUGCGAACCAGACUACGAACGAAGGGAGCAAUCAACUGUACCGUAUCAUAAUGCCAUAUCUGCGACAAAUACACGCGGAAUGCAAUGAGGGCGCGCGAAUUUCUUCAUUCAGUUAUGCGUAUGCAAGUACUAUAAAGAGAAAAAUUACUUUCGUAGUCACUUAAUUGACAUCCAUUCCGCGAUACAAAAUAUAAAUAUACGUAACAAUAGGGCAGUUACACGUCAGUUACUAACACGUAGCUCGCGGUGCGAGCAACGAGCGUUCUACAGAUGAUUUUGGAAUAUAAGUUAUGUUUGAAACUAAUUUUUUUUUAACUUUAGAAAUUGUAGGCCCCAUUAAUUAGUGAAUUUGCUUGUAAAAUAUAUAAGCAUAUAUAUAUAUGCUUAUAUAUGUAUAUGUAUAUUUGUCUUCCAUUUUUGCGUUUGACAAGAAUUACGCUUACAAGAUACUGCAACGUAUACAACACGUUACAUUUCGUUCGAGCCGCAUAAUUCGCAGUCCGGUUUUUUCUUCCGCGAGUUAUCUACGUUUCUUCGGAUGAUUAUGCAUUUAAGAUUGCGGAACUCGUAAAAGAUUCAUAAAAAGCGAAACGGUGCUCUGAGAAAUUGACUUUAUCAUUAUCUGACACGACAAAGAGUCUCAAGAGUCUUAUUAUUUUUAUAUAGGACAAUAGAAACGAGAAUUACGUAUGUAACGUUGCUCGCGCAUAUUAUUCCGCGCGGCGAUUAUAUAUUAAAAAAUAUCGUCGCGCAGUUCGUGCCAUACAUUAUUACCAUCGUAUCUCGAAGGUAGUUUUUACACCUACUGAUAUUCAGCGAAUAAAAGCAAACUUAAUGAGUUCGAUGCCAUUAGCAACAAUCUACUGUGGGACUUGACCCUUAAGUAUGAAGCAACGUUGAUCAUCUCACGCCUCCAUAGCUCCUCGAUUGAGAAAACGGGCAUGCAACCAUGCAAGUCCCUGCAUUUUACAUGUUUCUUCGCGCGAUAAGAAAAAAAAUUCCGUGACACAAAAAUGUAAAAACGUUUCAAAAAACACGCGUUCAACCGUUGAGCAUAUAUCAAACGACGAAAAGCAAAAUCCGUACUUAAGGGUUGAAACACUUCUUUCUUUACACCCUUUUAUCAUUUGGCAUAACAAGGAUGACCGCUAAAUUAUUAUGUCUUCGCGCGGCAUGUAAAAAAAUUAUGUGGAAAAAAUAACAAAAUGAUUAAUAAACAAAUUAUCUGAUCUA